UUUUUGGUUUUACAUAGUGUUUUUUUUUUUUUCAGACUAGUGGAACGAAAACACACAAAAGACACUGUUAAGUGUUCCUUUUGAAGCACUUUAUGUAUUUGUGGCAAUAGAUGUUUCAGUUACAACACAAUAUAGAGGUCCCUUUAAUUUUUCGCGUGGGCAGCAGUUGUCAUGCCAGCUUCUGCCGUAAACGUCUUGCUUCGGCUUUGUUCUUUGCGACGGUGAUAGUCGCUUGACGGCAGACUGGGGCAGGGCUGCCUGUAAGAUCCGAGACAUCUGAUCGUCCGCGCAUCUUUCCGAUAGUCCAAAGUUUAUUCAAAUUAAUCCAUCGCAUCGGGCCUAAUGGAUCCCAAUCGAAUCAUACAGGCUCUGAAGGGCACCAUAGAUCCAAAUCUCAGGCUAGCGGCUGAGAAUGAGCUCAACCAGUCCUACAAGAUCAUCAACUUCGCCCCAACUCUGCUGCAGAUCAUUGUUUCGGACCAGGUGGAGUUUCCUGUCAGACAGGCAGCUGCCAUCUACUUGAAGAACAUGGUGAGUCAGUACUGGCAGGACCGAGAGCCCAUACUGGGGGAGGUGGUGUUUCCCUUCAACAUCCAUGAAAACGAUCGUGGACAGAUCCGAGAAAACAUGGUGGAGGCCAUUAUUCGCUGUCCAGAGUCCAUAAGGGCUCAGCUGACAGUAUGUUUGCGUGCCAUAAUAAAACACGACUUUCCUGGACGGUGGACCGGCGUAGUGGACAAAAUUAACCUGUACCUGCAGUCACAGAACAGUGGGAGCUGGUAUGGGAGUCUGCUCGCUCUUUACCAACUCGUCAAAAACUACGAGUUUAAGAAAGCUGAGGAGCGAGACCCCCUGUUGGCUGCGAUGCAGAUCUUCUUGCCUCGGCUCCAGCAACUCAUCACUCAACUGCUGUCUGAUGCCACCUUCAUCUCAGUUCUGAUCCAGAAGCAAAUCCUAAAGAUUUUCCAUGCACUUGUGCAGUAUUCCCUUCCGCUACAGCUGAUCAAUAACACAGUCAUGACCCUCUGGAUGGAGAUCCUGCGGACAGUUGUUGAUCGGGACGUCCCUGCAGAAACUCUGGAAGCUGAUGAGGACGAUCGACCGGAACUGAUCUGGUGGAAAUGCAAGAAAUGGGCUCUGCACAUCAUCACGAGAAUGUUUGAGAGAUAUGGCAGUCCAGGAAAUGUGACGAAGGAAUAUGUAGAGUUUGCUGACUUUUUCUUGAAGACAUAUGCUGUAGGAAUCCAGCAGGUCUUGUUAAAGGUGAUCGACCAGCACAGACAGAGGCAGUACGUGAGUCCUCGUGUCCUCCAGCAGGCUCUGAGCUACAUGACUCAGUGCGUCUCGCUCUCGCUCACAUGGAGACAGAUGAAACCGCACAUGCAGACUAUAACUCAGGAGGUGGUGUUUCCUCUGAUGUGCUAUAAAGAUGAAGAUGAAAGACUAUGGCAGGAAGAUCCAUAUGAGUACAUCCGCAUGAAAUUUAAUAUGUAUGAUGAUCAUGUGUCUCCCGCCACAGCUGCUCAGACUCUAUUGUGUACAGCAGCCAGGAAGAGGAAGGAGGUCUUGCCUCAGAUGAUGGAGUUUUGCCAUCAGAUCCUCAUGGAUCCCAACGCUGACCCCCGCAGGAAGGACGGGGCGCUGCAUGUGAUUGGUGCCUUGGCUCAGCCCUUGCUAAAGAAGCGGGUGUACAGGGACCAGAUGGAGCUCAUGUUACAAAACUAUGUGUUUCCUCUGCUCAACUCUAAUCUUGGCUACUUAAGGGCCCGGUCGUGCUGGGUGCUGCACUCUUUCAGUCCUCUGAGGUUCCAUAAUGAGCUGGUCCUGAGGAACGCUGUGGAGCUGGUCAAACAGAACCUGGUGGAUGACAAGGAGAUGCCUGUCAAAGUGGAGGCAGCCAUUGCACUGCAGACGCUGGUCAGGAACCAGGAGCAAGCUAAGGUCUACAUCCGACCCUCCAUCAAGCCUGUGAUGCAGGAGCUGCUGCACAUCAUCAAAGAAACUGAGAACGAUGACCUCACCAGCGUCAUUCAGAAGAUGAUCUGUGAAUACAGCGAGGAAGUGGCUGUCAUUGCGGUGGAUAUGACACAGAACCUGGCGGAGAUCUUCAGCAAGAUUCUCCAGAGUGAAGAAUACGAGGAAAGUGAAGAUAAGACCGUGAUGGCUCUCGGUAUCCUCAGCACCAUAGACACUAUCCUCACAGUCAUGGGGGACCGAAAAGAGAUCAGUCAACAGCUGGAGGGAAUAUGCCUGCAGGUGAUCGGUCUCGUCCUCCAGAAACCCAUCAUAGGUAUGGCAGAGUUUUAUGAGGAGAUCUUGUCGCUGGCGUUUGGACUCACCUGUUAUUCCAUCUCCCCUCAGAUGUGGCAGCUGUUGGGGGUCCUGUACGACGUCUUCCAGCACGACUGCUUUGACUACUUCACAGAUAUGAUGCCCCUCUUGCACAAUUAUGUUACUGUGGAUACAAAUAUGCUGCUGUCAGACCCCAAAUACCUGGAGGUCAUUUACACCAUGUGCAAAAAGGUCCUAACUAGUGAUGCUGGAGAAGACCCAGAAUGCCAUGCUGCCAAACUUCUUGAGGUCAUUAUAUUACAGUGUCGUGGACGUGGCAUUGACCAGUGUAUCCCUCUGUUCGUGGAAGCCGUGUUGGAGCGGUUAACACGAGGUGUGAAGUCCAACGAGCUCCGCACCAUGUGUCUACAGGUGGUAAUCGCAGCUCUGUACUACAGCCCCACCCUACUGAUACACACACUGGAGAACAUCCGCUUCCCACACAGCCCAGAGCCAAUCACAGCGCAGUUCAUCAACCAAUGGAUGAACGACACAGAGUUCUUCUUAGGACUACAUGAUCGUAAGAUGUGCAUCAUUGGGCUGAGUGUUUUGAUGGAGCUGCCCAGCCGCCCUGCGGUCCUGGAGGAAGUUGCAGGUCAGAUCGUUCCCUCUAUCCUCCUCCUCUUCCUGGGUUUAAAGCACAUUUACGCCUCCCGAGUGCUCAACAAACCGGAGCAGCUCGCCAGAGCUCAAGGCACAGAGGAGGAAGAGAAUGAGGAGAUUCCUAGCGAUGAGGAUGAGGUCGGACAGAAAGGGGUGGCCCUGCAGUCGUCCGGCGUUCCCACUGGGAAUGACAAUGAAGAUGAAGAUGAUGAGGACGAUGAUGAAUACUGGGAUGAUGAAGGUCUGGAGGGGACCCCAUUAGAGGAGUACACUACACCACUGGACUAUGACAACGGAGAGGAUGAAUAUCAGUUCUUCACCGCCUCCCUGCUUCGUGUUCAGAGUUCAGAAGCAGGCUGGUAUCAGUCCCUCACAUCUCCUCUAAGUGAAGACCAGAGGAAACAACUGCAGGAGAUCUAUAACCUUGCCCAGCAGAGGAGGAGCGCAGGAGUCAAGGGACUGUGAGAUGUUCCAGUUGCAGGUUGGAGAUACCUGACACUUUGGAUUUGGAUCUGUACAGAGUUCUGACACCGAAAACAGCUUAAACUCCGGAGACUAGAGGCAUUCUCGGUCAGGAUGGAUGGGAUCUUUGACCCAGGACCCAAAGCAAGCUCUUCAGAUCUAUGACUCUUAAUAGGAACACGGAGACAUCAUCAAAACUGGUCAUAAAGGCCCCAGUGAGGUCGAAGAGGUUACUCUGGGUCACCCCUUCCCUGAAGCUGUGUGUGUGUGUGUGUGUGUGUGUGUGUGUGUGUGUCUCUGCGCCUCUGUACAGAAUUAUGGGUGUUUGCGCAUGUGUGCAGACAGGUGUGUGUGUGUGUGUGUGUAUGUGUGUGAGUAAUUGAAUGUUAUAUAUUCUGUUUCUCUCAGUCUCUCCUCCAUUUGCAAUGAGUCAGUAAGAAACUUGACCAAGGCAGUGAGGUGAGACAUGUCAAGACAAGCCAGAGAGAGACAGACGGACACCGCUUCAGACUGACACACAGAUGGAGGGAUUUGUCGUGUUGGUCAGUGCCUUCAGAGAUACGUAGGCAUUUUUCUGCCCAAACAGAUCAUGUGCACUGGCUAGAUGUCAGAAGGACGAUGUUUAUAGCUGUCAUAUGUUUGUAUGUUUCAGAGUUUGUUUUUGUAACAGUCAGUCAGUUUUCACAAUUAACUUAAGUCAUAAAAGUUAAUAUAACACUA